UACUUGGCCAAUGUUUUUUUUUCGUUCGUUCGUUCAUUCAUUCGUUGUCAAUUCGUUUCAAAGCCUCUUUGAUUAGUAAAGUAUGAUCGAAUCAGAAUUUAUUUGCUUUUUGCGAAGAAACCAAACAUUGUCUUUACUUAUAAGUUGAUCAAUCCAGGAAAGUAGUCGGAUGGAGAUUUGAUGAUGUUCAUCAUAAUUACUCAGUAAAAAUUGAUCACGUAAAUAAAAAAAAAAUGAUGCACACGACGAAAUGUUUCGAAUGAAUUCGAAAGAAUCGGCCGUAAUAUCGAUUAUAUCGAUUUUUUCAAAUGACGAUGUAACAUUCGAAUAAACUUGUUUCCAUUUGUCCUGUCCAGCAGCUACAAGUGAAUCAAGAAAAUCAAGAGAUAAAAAUCAUGGAUUUUUUCUUAAUAUUUUGUGAUGUUUGCUAUAAAUCGUUUCCAGAGACAAAAAAUCAAUUAAAAUAUUUAUUAACUUCUUGCAAGAAUAUUCUUUGUCAUAAUUGUCAUUUAUCAUCCAAAUCGAUUUGUCCAAAAUGUCAUCAAGAACGAUGUAGACGUAUAAUGAUUACAAAUGAAUUGAAAGAAUCGAUUCGUGUUUAUUUCAAUACUGAUGGUAAACAUUCGAUUGAUAUUGGCCCGAAAAUCUAUCAAUUUCAAAAGAUGCGUUUCAAACGUUUUGAGCAUUUUUUAUUAAAAAAAUAUGAACAUUAUUAUUCUCAAGUAAAUGAAUCAACAAUCCAACUACAGGCAAUUGAAAAGAAUAAAAUUGACCGUAUAACUCAAUUGAAACAGAUGAUUGCACAUCAUGAACAACUUUGCAGAAAGAUAAUUCAUCCUGAACAACCACAACCAGUUGAAGUGAGAGAAAAGCAAUUUAAAGGUCCGAUUGUAUUCAAAACUCCUCAAAAUAUUCCUCAUCGUCGUCGUCGUAUGGAACGACCAUCGGUUGUAAAUUCACAAUUUGACCAUCACGAUAAUAUCUAUUGCAAUUCCACACCAUUACCCGGUCAUGAAUAUUAUAUUGAUGGCAAUAUUUUCUUCGACAAUAAACCACCGUCCAGUAUUUUCAGUGGCACAACUGCUCGUAGUAAUCGAUAUCGCUUUGGAAAACAUUGAAGAUUAAUCCAUGAUCUAUUAAUAUGUUUUUUUGGUUAUUUGAAUGAAAUAAAUCAUGGCCUUUGAAGGUACGGUUUUUUGCCUUUUUUUAACUAUAAUUCAGGUUCCAUAGUGUAAUUGGCUAGCACUUCAGACUCUGAAAAUUCGUAAUUGCGAUUGCGAUUCUGCAUUGAAAACUGCGUUUGACCUUGAAUAAAAUCAAUUGCAAAUGGGUGCGAUCUGGCAAUCUGGGUUCGAAUCCCGGUGGAACCUUUUUUA